ACUAGUGCUCGCUCGUGCUCCUCGUAUUGGCAGGGAGCGGAGUAUAUAGUGGACAAAAUUUCGUCAAAUUAUGCUAUUGUCGUAAAUAAACACGUGAAUAUUAAAUAUAAAAAUGGUUCAUAAUAGUUGUGUUGUUAAUUGCAAAAAUACAGGCAGAAAUAGUAAGUGCACAUUUUACACAUUUCCAAGAGCGAGCUGGAAAUUAAAGCAAAGAAAGAAAUAGAUAAAUGCAGAUAAGAGAAUAAAUGUUGAUGGAUCACUGUGGGCUCCAAAACCAACAGAUACCAUCUGUAGUGAUCAUUUUAUUGGUGGUCAAAAGUCAGAAGCAGAGAUAAGUCCAAGCUACAUCCCAACAAUAUUUCCUUCCAUAUAUAAAAAACGAGAAAUCAAUGAAAAAACAUCAAUAAGCAGGCAUACACGCUUUUUAAACCGAAGAAAAGCUAAAAGCUAUAUUACAGAUCCGAAAAUAAUAACUGGCGCUGAAGUGACUUCACAAAGUAACGAUAUUGCAAUGGAUUCUAUGAUUGAUAUUGUUAUGGAUCGAAAUGAACAAGUAGACAAGGAUUGUCAGGUGCUGAUAAAUGUGAUGCAGAGAUUCAAACAGAAAUAAUCGAUGUGAAAAGUCAAAUAAUUAUUAAUCGGAAGAAGUACAAGGACAAAGAAUCUAAUACUCCAAUCAAACAUUUUGCUACUCAAUCAACUGAAACAUCAGAAAAAAUUUUUCUUGGCUUUCAAUCAAUUUCAAAAGAUGAGCAGCUAAUCGACUUGGCUGGUGUCACUUUCAACAAUUUUAAAUUUCUGUUGAAAAGAACAUAUCCUUCGCAUAAAUGUACUGUUGCAAAAGAAGACAGACUAAUAAUUUUCUUAAUGAAAAUUAAGACUGGAUUAACACUUUCAGCCCUUGGUGUUUUAUUUAGUAUUCACAGGACAACAGUUUCUAGAAUUUUCCAUACGACUUU